UGUUUCCUUGGCCGCACUGCAGCUCCCGUUCCCCGCUGGCAAAGUUUGGCACGCCCCUUCACCUUGUACACAUGGAUGGCUGUCCUUGCCACUUUCGUCUUAGCUGCUAUUGCUCUCUUCGUCAUCACCUUCGUCAGGUUAGUUCUCUCUCUCUCUCUCUCUCUCUCUCUCUCUCUCUCUCUCUCUCUCUCUCUCUCUCUCUCUCUCUCUCUCUCUCCAGCAGCGUGAAGGGCCCACAGGUUGACCACGCGCCUCACAGCCUGUCUUCCAUACUACUAUACACGUGGGGAAUUCACCUGAGGGAACCACAAUUGAGCGUGGUGAAGGGCGCCGGAGUGAGAACAGCGGUGCUUACCGUGUGGGUAUACGCCAUGGUGCUCACAAUCGCUUACAGUACAAAUUUGACGGCGUCUUUAACCGUGGCUAAAGCGCAGCCCGCUGUGAACACCUUCAGGGGUCUGAAGCAGAGUGGGCAGCGGGUGUUUGCCAUGGGGACUUUCUUCAGACUGGAAUGGCGGCCUCUGAGAACCCAGACCUUAAGGUUCUGGCAGAUCGUUUGGAGCCUUACCCUAACCUGCAGUCAGCCUUGCGUCCUGUAGAGGCAAGCAAAGGCGUGUUUAUACAGAGCAGAAAGUACCUUGAGUUUUUAGUGAGUGACAAGUAUUCUCCUCACGGUGUUCCCUCCAUGAGAAUACUUAGGGAAUGUUUUGCCCCGUACAGCAUUGCCGUGUCCCUGGAGAAGAACUCACCUCUUCGUCCCUCCUUUGACGUGGUCCUUAGAAAGGUGUUUGAGGGUGGCCUGGUGCGCCGUUGGUUCCUGGAGGCUUUGAGGCUGGCCAGGCGGGAUAAGGAAGAGGAAAACGGUGAAGAGGAAGAAUUGGAAGAGAAAGAGAAGGAGGAGGGUGGGGUACCUUUCAGUCUAAAUCACUUGCAAGGAGUGUUCCUCAUCCUGGCGCUGGUCUUGCUGGCGGCCUGUCUGGCCUUCCUGACGGAACUGUCGUGUGGCAAGAGGAACAGGAGGAAUGGGUAGUCAGUACUCAGUAGUCACCAAGUAUACAUCAACACAGGCACCAUUCUAAGAUCAUUUUUCCUUCGUACGCACAAUAAAAUCCCCGGAAGCUCAAAAGUAAGGUGUUUUGACUAUGUGUGGAAGAGCAGAAACGGUGAAAUGAAUAGUGAAGUAUAAUUUUGAAAAGUACUCGUAGAGUAGCAAUAAAUUUUCAUUCAAUUUUAAUUAAUUUUAACUGGGACCUCGGAGUAUAAGUCAUUCCUUCACAUCUAUUGCAUUACAUAUCAUUCAUCCAUCUGCAAAAGCUAUAUUUGAACUAUUAUAAUCAAGUUUUUCCUAUUGAUAUAUCCACAUUUUAAAUUAAACCAAAUCACGCCAGAUUUGCAAAGGUAUUACAAUACUUAACCGUUUGGUGAGGAUAAAGAGUUGGUUAGAGGAGAGUGGCAGACCUGUGGCCUGGGUGGGGAGGGGGCCGUAAUGCUCUCCCGCACACUGUUGCUGCCGCUGAUUGGCACUACUUCGAGUGGAUCCAGGUGUGUGUGUGUGUGUGUGUGUAAUGAGGGCAGUUUUCACCAGUGCACGAAAAACAAAAAUAUGUAAAAAAAAAAAAAUCCAAGAUCUGCAUCUUAUUAUUUCCGUCUCUCUCUCUCUCUCUCUCUCUCUCUCUCUCUCUCUCUCUCUCUCUCUCUCUCUCUCUCUCUCUCUCUCUCUUACAAUUAAUAAAAACUACAUCCGAACUUGUACCACGAUCCUUUCCUCUCGAGCGCCACGAGUGUGAAUGAGUACGUUCGUGUGUUGGCUGGGUAUCAAUCCUGGUUAUGGCGCAGGCGUUAACUGGUAGCCUAGUCACGUGGCGUCACGAUCUAUGACGUGAGGUUACCUUCUGCCCAAUAGAACGUGAACAUCGCCUCUUAGCCAAUAAAGAAUCUACACGUGUAUCACCGUGUGGAGGAAGGAACAGGUAACUAGUUUUAUUGUAGCUGGUGCGGGCUUGGCGUCUCUGUGUGCAGGUUGCGAGAUUAAUUAUUGUGAUCUUAUUAUAGUUUCAUUGGAAAGAUGACGUGUCCUUUGAGCUUCUACGUGUUCAAGGUAAAGGAACUGCGUAUCUGGAUACUUAUGACACACAGACGAAUGAAAGGACCAUUCUGAAACGUUUCUGCACCUCAUCCCGACUGCUUCCAAAAUGGUCUAGUUGAAGUUACGCGGGUUUUAAAGUGUUCCAGUGACAGAUUAACAAGAAUUCUACAUUGCAAACAGAGAGAAAAAAAAGACACGCUUGAAAAUCUAGUUGAUAAUCUCUGUGGCCUUUAAAAAAAAAAGAGAGCAAGGUUUUUCAGAAUACAGGUCACGGUUUCACGGGUAAGGAGCACGCAAGGUGUUCUUGACGGCCACACGCUCCAUCUGUCUGCUUGUCUGCCACAAACGGAACACACUGCAAGCGAACAGCAUCCAGUCUUCACUCGGCAGAUAAAUCUUGAACUGAGGGACGAAACUCGAAUACAAAUGUAAUUUCUGUUCAGAUUUAUCGAAUGAGAAAAGGGAGGCAUGAGAGAUGUAGCCUUGGAGAAGCGACUGGCCAGUAUACAGCGUCCGCCCUUAACUCAGAAGGUAACACUUAAAGGGACGAAACUCGAUUCCAAAUAUGUGAUUUUUUCUCAAGUUUAUCCAUUGAUACAAGGAGGAAAGAGAGAUGUAGAAUCAGAGAAGCUACAGA